UGCCGGGAUCCCCUAAGGCGGGGGCGCCAUUUUACCGGGAGGGGCUGCGGCGCCUCCUGUUCCCGGCGGCCAAGGGGGAAGCGCCUCAGCCUCAGGCUAGAUCCCGGGAGGGGCUGGGCUCCCGUCCUUUCCCUCUGCUCGGCUGCGCUUCCGGGAACAGGGAAGGCGGCGGCCGGCGGGUGACAUUCCCUAAACGCAGCUGCUUCUUGCCAGCUGGAGGUGCGGCGGGAGCGCCGGGAACACCGCGGGGUUGAGGCGUCUCCUGUGGGGCCAAGCCCAGGGCGGGGGCGGAAGAGGAACUCUUCACUCCAAGGAGGGCCAAACCUUUGGCUUUUUGCGCCUCAGCUUGCUGGGACCGUGUCAGGCUCCUCCCUGCCCGUCCCCGCCCCUGCAGAGGCACAGGGCAGGCCCCCGACGGCAGCGGGGCCAUGUCAUUCCCUGCGUGCCAGGGAGAGCUGCGAUGCCAAGGGCCAUCAGCAGGAGCUGUCCGCGCUCUCGCCCUGCAGGUCAGGCCAAGUCAUUCUGCUGACUUCUCCCAGCCUGGCUGGCAGGUUUAAAACCCAGUGUGCCCACGUAGAAGCAAGCUGCAGCUACCACUGAAGGUCUGUAGACUUAGAGAAGGCUUGGAAGCAUGGAAAGCCUUUGUGCAGCAAACAGCACUUUUGCUGUGGACCUGUUAAGAAAGCUGUGUGAAAUGAAAAGCAGGCAGAAUGUGUUCUUUUCACCAUUUAGUAUUUCUUCUGCUUUGUCUAUGGUUUUGCUGGGUUCAAGAGGUAGCACUGAAGCCCAAAUAAGCAAGGUGCUUUCUCUGAAGAAUGCCCAGGAUGCUCACAAUGGGUAUCAGUCCCUUCUCUCUGAAAUUAAUGAUCCAAACACCAAAUACAUCCUGAGAACUGCAAACCGGCUCUAUGGAGAAAAGACUUUUGAGUUUCUUCCAUCUUUUAUAGAGUCCAGUCAGAAAUCCUACCAUGCUGGCCUGGAACAGAUGGACUUCCUACAGGCUUGGGAGGAUUCCAGGAAACAAAUCAAUGUCUGGGUGGAGGAAAGGACUGAAGGUAAAAUUCAGAACCUGUUGGCAGAGGGGAUUCUGAAUUCCCUGAGCAGGCUUGUGUUGGUGAAUGCCAUCUAUUUCAAAGGCAACUGGGAAGAGCAGUUCAACAAAGAGAGUACCAGAGAGAGGCCAUUCCAAAUUAAUAAGAACGAGAGCAAACCUGUGCAGAUGAUGUUCAAGGAGGCAAAUUUUAACAUGACCUACAUUGGGGACUUCCAGACCAAAAUCCUGGAGCUGCCCUAUGUGGGUAAUGAACUGAGCAUGAUCAUCCUGCUCCCUGAUGCAAUCCAGGAUGGCUCCACAGGCUUGGAAAGACUGGAAAGAGAACUUACACACGAGAAGCUAAUAGAUUGGAUCAAUCCAGAAAUGAUGGACUCUACAAAAGUGAGGGUGUCUUUACCCCGAUUUAAACUGGAAGAAAAUUAUGAUCUGAAACCGCUUCUGAGCAGCAUGGGAAUGCCUGAUGCAUUUGAUUUGGGGAAGGCAGACUUCUCAGGAAUCUCACCUGGUAAUGAGCUGGUGCUCUCUGAAGUGGUUCACAAAUCCUUUGUGGAAGUCAAUGAAGAAGGCACUGAAGCAGCUGCUGCCACAGCAGCAGUGAUGCAGAUGCGUUGUGCAAUGAUAGUUCCAGAAUUCACUGCUGAUCAUCCCUUCCUCUUCUUCAUCCGGCACAACAAAACUUGCAGCAUUUUGUUCUGUGGCAGAUUUUGCUGUCCCUAAGGAGGAGAUGUCUUGGCAGCAUAGGUGCCUUCAGACAAUAAAUUGAUGUUUCCCUAGAACAAGGUGACUCAUUCUGCACUAAUUGUCUCUUUCAGCCGUGCCUGAUCUUCUUCUGCAGUCUUGAUCUUAGGUCUGGCAGGAAUAACAGAUCUGCUUAGACAAACAGAGCACCUGCCAUGUCCAACCCCUCCUGUGCCUGUGUGCAGAGGUCUCCAGGUUCUUGUUGACACAAGAACCAUCCCACUUGCUCUGUGAGUGCUUCUUGUGUGCUUGAGUUCACUUUUGGUGUCCAGCGGGCAGAGUCAGGCAGUGAGAGCCCAUGGGAUUGUUAUUUUUGCUUGUGACAAGGCUGGAGCACAUAUGUAGCUGCCCUCCCCUUUUACCUUCCAGUUUCCUCCAUUGAGUGCCUUGAUACAUUGCCUGGAGCUGAAAGGACUUUUUGGCAACCUGUUCCAGGUAUUGCAGAACAUCCUACAUAGAUGGGGCUUUUGGCUAACAACUGGAGCUGCACUUAGGCAAGAAUGGGAAUUAAAGUAUGCAAUUAUAAGAGAUGUCCCUGGGAGGUAUUUGGGGUGAGUACCUUUACUUCCUCACUCCAGGAGACUUGGGUUUUUCCCUGUCCCCUGGUUCUGGUCAUUUAACAAAGAAUGAAAUAAAAGGGCACAUGGUGCCUAUGCAAUAUUUGAAGGAGAAAGUCUUAAUUUCAAAUUAUUUUUUUUCUGCUACUGUUAUAUGUUGAUCGUAUUAAUAAUCUCUCAGACACCGUAGUUUACCUGUAUAAUACCAAAGACAGAGAUGUAACCGCUUUCCUUACAUUGGGAUGUAUUUUGUGGGUCCUGUUCCUGGAAUAAUAAAAGAAGUAUAAGC